AUGUCACAUCUUCAAGAAAGAGAAAUCGGGACAAAUUGAUUUUUCACACGCUUAAAAAAAUACAAAAUUUAGCAAUGUUAUGAUAAAUAAAGGUGACUGUGUAGACUACGUUUAUUACAUACAUCAUUAAUAUUAUCAGAACACCUCCCUGGUAUUAUACUGGCGUUAUCGAUUAGGUAAAAAUAUGUCAUUAAAUCAAAACGUGAAUUAGUGAACGGGCUAAAAAUGUAUAUAAACCUACCAUUUCUAUGCCAUCGUUUUAUCGAGAAAAAAAUGUAAAUAUAGCACGCAAGCUGCCGUCUGCACUUGAGUGCAGAAAAGGUUAGUAUAAUAUUUGCAUUCACUGAUCAAUGAUACAAUCUGCGCUAUGCAAUUACACCAUACGUGUCAACAAGUGGCCACAGACUACUCCCUAGUCUCUAUUCAGACCCUUUACGAUUCACAUGGGUCGUUACGUGCUUUAGUCUCUUACAUAAAUGGCUCUAUCUCUACUUGCGUGUUCCUUUGGAACAAAAUUUAUUUAAUAUCAUUAACUUAAACAUAUUGAUAAUGAUCUUUAAACGAAUAUAUCCCAAGUUUUUUGUUCAAAAUUUCAAAUAAACGAAUUCAGUUGCAGAUUUUAGACUAGGAUGCGAUCGUGUGAAAUGUACUUCCACGUGUUAAAAGUCGAUAAAUCUCUCUCCAAAUGUGGUUGCCUGGUAUAUUAAUUUCACUUUAUCGUUCAGUUUAUAACCAUUAAUUUCAUACCGUACUCAUCUAUCUAACGUUUUUAACCCGCUUUCAUUUAAGAAACAGCAAGUGUGUUUUAAUGCAUUCUGACAUAUUCUUUUUCAUAUCUGCGAGGAAAGAUUCAGUUUGUAUUUAUUUAAUUGGUUUAUGCCCAAAUUAAUCAAGGUCAUUAUACAUUUCGUCUGAUGGUUCUCAGCGUAUAAAUAGCAAGAUGGUGACGCUACAUACAGUGAUUGAGAUAUGUUGUCUGGUUAUUUUAAGGCUCCAGCUGCUAUCGGCCCAGGAUACACCAUCUUUAGUCAAACAGCAGCUUCACGUCGACCCCAGUGACGCCACUAUCGUUUCAGGUAAAUCGGUGACCUUCGCCUGCUUCGCGACCCAGCAUCCGGUCACCUUGACCUGGGUCAAAGACGCGAUCUACGCGUUGGCGAUUGAUAGAUUUAUCGUAUCGCCUGAAAAGUCGCGGAUAUCUAUCAGCGUCAACGAGACGAGAGGUUCAUACGAACUGCAUAUCGCAGAUGUCCAGCCCGGAGAUGCGGGCAAAUACCACUGCGAACUGGCGGCCAAUCUCCCGUCUGAACACGUCGCCUCAGAGCCAGCGAAAAUGACGGUGAUAGUGGAGCCAAAGUUUCAAGCUCAGCCUCAAGACUUUGAAGGUAUCGAGGGCCAGGUGGCCAUGUUCCGAUGUGUAGCCGAUGGCUAUCCGAAGCCACAAUACCGGUGGUACGACAGCUCUCGGAAACCAAUCGACUCCACGGAGUCCAAAUACGGUAUCUCCCCGAGCGGCGAGUACCUGACCGUAUACGAACUGGUGGAAGCGGACGUCGGCGAGUUCUCGUGUGAGGCAAGCAACCAAGCGGGGAGAGCAGAAACAAGGGCGAGGUUGACGGUUAUUGUCCCACCGGGACUCAACGAGGGACAGAGAGAGACGCGGGAACAUGGACAGGAAGUGACGUUCGUGUGUCACGUGAUGCGAGGGGAUGGAAAGCUGUCCUGGUGGAGAAAUGGCAGACAUGUGGAAGAAGCAAAUGAGGGUGAUCAGCGUAUUUCGGUAAAGACUCACCCAGAAACCAGCCAUCUUCAUCUGACUAUCCAUAAGAUAGAGAAGGGGGAUGAAGGGUCCUGGGCGUGUGCGGCGGUAGGAAGAAAAGGCAAGGAUACAGUCACUACUGUCGAGCACCAUCUCACUAUCAAAGUUCGUCCUAUCGUACUACAGCCCAGUACGCAGCUGAUGAGUGUCCGAGUCGGUCAGGAGAUGACCAUGUCUUGCCAGAACAUCCGAGCUGGCGGUGGACAGCCGAGCUGGUACGACACCAAAUACGGCGUCGUAGUUACUGAUGAUCCGAAAAAGAGAGUCUUCGUGCGUUUCAACACUUCGAUUCUUACUUCGGAUCUCAUCAUAAGUGAAGUGGCCCCGGAAGAUCAGGGCGUGUUUUGUUGUGUGACGGACGGCGACAUGAACUGCUUUAUGCUCCUAGCUUUUAUCAAGUAGAUUAAGUGGAUUAUUCAAGCAGUGUGAACGCGGUCAAACCUGUGAAAAACAUUGUUAAACUGUGUUCUUAUCCCGGUUCUUAUAACUUAUAAACCCGCCACCCUCCGAACAUGCUUGAGGAACUAUUUCAAUGGGCUUCCAUAUUUGAUGCCUUGUGAUGUGGUAUUGACCAAUCAGUAUUCCUCUCUGUAGGAGACGGCUAAAACGUCCUUCCUGAUUGGCUAAAAGUUGGACGGUUGCACGAUGUGGUAGUAUCCACUAGAAAAAAGUCGACACCACCCUUCUAAUUGGCUAUAAGUCGGAAACUGUGCUUAACAUUAUUUGUAACUUUGGUGCAUCGACGUACACAUUUGUUCAUGAAGUUGGAAUAAUUUGUGUUACCUCUUUUCAUGACAUGAUUGUGACGAUAUGAUUUUGUCUUGAUGAUAACGAUUUAUUUUCUCAAAAAUGUAUCGAUCAAUCUCAGUAAAGAUUCGUAGAGACUGAUUAAUUAAUAUUCUCACUAUCAUUUCAUGACAAGAGGUAAAGAAAACUAAUUCUAGCUUUAUGUACAACAGUGUAAUCACUUUAACUUAUUUAAGAUACUUCUGGGUUUCGUCUUCACGUCAACCAUUGAAUAUUCGACAAUGAUGAUUGAUAUAAAGUGACAACAAACGUGUUUAUUAUCAAAUAACUGUAGAUAUACAUGUUCGAAGAAUACCGAAUUAUUUGGACCUUUUUUCCAAUUUCUGUUUUUUUUUUUUGAUAAUCAUACGAACAGUUAAAAAGAAAAAGGUAAGAUUGUAUUAUUGUGAACUAUAUGCGGACAUGUUUACACAAUAACAAAUUACACACAAUGAUGAAAGUGUUGAGACGAUGUAAAGGCUGCACCAUGUAAUACAUUUUGUAAUAACUUAUUUAUAAAUAUAUUCAUCUAACCAUUGUGAUGUCUUAAAGAUAAAUCUUGUCUGUAUAAUGAGGUGAGGUGAAACUUCAAGUAAAAUAAACUUACUCUUUUCGAGGGAA